AUGGCGUCUCUGGCAGAAUAUGCCAGCCUCUGGCCAACUGCGGGAGGUCAACAAUUCUUUGUCCAGGUUGUUGCACCUGAAAAGUACCGCCGUUUCUUGUCCUACGUGAUUGGAUGGUGUGUUCUGGUGGGAGAGAUCUCAACGAGCUCCAGUUGUGCAUUGAAUAGUGCAGAGAUUGUCGCGGCCUUGGUCGAGAUCACACAACCUGACGUUCAUUGGAAGCCCUACAUGACCUGGCUCAUAUACACCGGUUUUCUGAUCGCACCAGUGUUAUCUAAUCUGCUGCCAAAGUACCUACCGGCUUUGCAAAUCUUUGGGGCCUUCUUCAACAUAUCCAAUGGCUUAAUCUGGGCCAUCGUAUUCCUGGUCAUGGCUGACAAGAAUAGUGCUAAUUUUGUCUUCUCAGAGUUCAUCAACACCUCUGGAUGGGCAUCAAAAGGCUGGGUUUUCUUGCUAAGCAUGUAUGUGCCGAUAUAUGGACUCUAUGGCACAGAUGCGGUUCUUCACUUGGUGGAAGAAAUGAAAAAUGCCUCGCGUGAUGCACCUAGAGUUAUGAUCUGGUCCAUGAUCUGGGCCGGCGUGACAGCCUGGCUUUCCGCAAUUGUUAUGUGCUACACUGUUGGUCCCAAUUGGGAAACCUACAUGGAGGAAACUUCGGCAUACGUGGUAUGGCUGCACCCAAUCGUUGGGACUUAUCACCUAAUUUCAAGUACAGGCCUGGUUCAUCGACGUGUUGGACUCUACUACCUCAUCAUCGUUAACAUCAACACCGCCGGUUCCCGACUUGCUUGGUCGAUGGCCAAGGAUCGAGCAUUCCCCUUUUCGCCGUAUUUUGCGACCAUCAGCAAGCGCUUCACCAUGCCACUGCGGGCCAUGAUGGGAGUCACCGUUCUCAAUCUAUUGGCAGGAGUGCUGGUCCUUGGGAGCGAGCUCGCGUUUUAUGCAAUCAUUUCUGCUGGUGGUAUCACUCUGCAGAUUUCUUAUUGCAUCCCGAUUCUGUGCGUGGUGCUGAAAGGCCGCCAAUACCUACCGCCUCGCCCACAUUUCGAUCUUGGUCGGUGGGGAUAUGCGGUCAAUAUUACGUCCCUACUUUGGAGCAUCAUCGUGGUGCUGUUCUAUGUGUUCCCACAAUAUGUGCCGGUGGUGGGCGCUAUUCAGAACAUGAAUUGGGCCAUUGCAAUGCUGGGAGGCGUCUUCGUAUUCGCUGGCAUGUACUGGCAUGUCAAAGGACGGCACGAAUACCUGAUUGGAAGCAACUCGAUUUUGGAUGACACCCUAGUCAUGCACGGCGAGGCAGUCAUCACUGGAAGGGAGGCGGUGGCGGCUUUCGGCCAGCAGAGGGCAGACACAGACAAGCAAGCUGGUGUGUAA